UUUCCCUCCCUUACUUCUCUCCGAACAUGGCGUCCGCUGAUGCUUCUUGCUACACCUUGGUCUUUGAGGAUGCUUCCGAGACACCAACGACAGCAGAUCUCCGUGCGGGACUGCAGAAAGGCUCGGACGAGGUCAAGCUUGACACGUUGCGCAAAAUCAUCGUUUCCACAAUCAAUGGGAACCCGCAGCCCUCACUCUUAAUGCCUAUCAUCCAAUAUGUUAUGCCCUCACGAAACAAGCAACUCAAGAAGCUCCUGCACUUCUACUGGGAGGUGUGCCCAAAGUAUGAUGACAACGGGAAGCUCAAGCAGGAGAUGAUUCUUGUCGUCAACGCCAUCCGUAACGACCUCCAACACCCCAACGAGUACAUCCGCGGCGCGACGCUCCGCUUCCUCCAGAAGAUCUCCAAAGACGCCGAGCUGCUCGAGCCGCUCAUCCCUACGUGCCGCUCGUGCCUCGAGCACCGGCACUCGUACGUGCGCAAGAACGCCGUGUUCGCGGUGUACUCGAUCUACCGCGAGUUUGAGAACCUCAUCCCCGACGCGCCCGAGCUCAUCCAGACGUUCCUCGCCGCGGAGUCGGACGCGACGUGCAAGCGGAACGCGUUCGUGUUCCUCGCGCAGUGCGCGAUGCCCAAGGCGGUCGAGUACAUCGUGUCCGUGUUCGACCAGAUCCCGGCGAUGGACGAGCUGCUGCAGAUGAGCAUCAUCGAGGUCGUCAGGCUCGACUGCAAGCAGGAGACGUCGCACAAGGCCCGCUACAUCCUCCUCAUCUCCGAGCUCCUCAACGCGCCGUCGCAUGCGGUCAAGUACGAGGCGGCGACGACUCUCACUUCCCUGACGCAGAACCCGGCGGCCGUUAAGGCCGCCGCGUCCUGCUACAUCAGCCUCGUCCAAAGGGAGUCUGACAACAACGCCAAGCUCAUCGUCCUCGACCGUCUCGACGCCCUCCGCUCCAAGCACGGCCAUGUCCUCGACCCCCUCAUCAUGGACAUCCUCCAGAUCCUCUCCAGCGCGACGGACCUGGAGGUCCGCCGGAAAGCCAUCGGCAUCGUGCUCAGCCUCACGUCGAGCCGCAACGUCGAGGAGGUCGUCCUCUUCCUCAAGAAGCAGCUGCAGAAGACGCAGGACCAGGAGUACGAGAAGGCGCCCGAGUACCGCCAGCUGCUCAUCCAGAGCAUCCACGUCUGCGCGGUCAAGUUCUCCGAGGUCGCGGCGAGCGUCGUGCACGCGCUCAUGGACUUCCUCGGGGACUCGAGCAACCCGUCGGCGCUGGACGUCGUCGCGUUCGUGCGCGAGGUCGUCGAGAAGUUCCCGCAGCUGCGCGGGACGAUCUGCGAGAAGCUGACGCAGACGCUGCCCGAGAUCAAGUCCGGGAAGGUGUACCGCGGCAUAUUGUGGAUCCUCGGGGAGUACGCGGAGCAGACGGCGGAGAUCGAGGAGGUGCUCAGGGAGCUGCGGAAGGUGCUGGGGGAGAUCCCGAUAUUGGCGUCGGAGCAGCGGCUGCUGGAGGAGGCGGCGGGCGCGGAGGACGGGGAGGAGCGGAAGGACGAGGUGCGGGCGGAGGCGUCGAAGCCGAAGGUGCUCGCGGACGGGACGUAUGCGAGCGAGAGCGCGUUCACGAGCGUGUCGAGCGCGCGGCUGGAGGCGGUCAAGGCUGCUGCGAAGCCGCCGUUGCGAGCUCUGAUCCUCGGCGGCGACUUCUACACCGGUUCUGUUCUGGCAAGUGCUUUGACGAAGCUCGUCCUCCGUUUCUCGGAGCUGUCCAGCGAUAAGCGGAAGGUCAACGCUCUCCGUGCUGAGGCAAUGCUCAUCAUGGCUUCAGUCAUUCGCGUCGGCCAGUCCAAGUUUGUCACCGUGCCCAUUGAUGAGGACUCGACCGAGCGCAUCAUGAGCUGCAUCCAAACCCUCAGCGAGCUCGAGUCGAAGCCUCCCGUCCACGAGAUCUUCCUGAAGGACACCAAGGCUGCUUACUCCAAGAUGGUCGCCGCUCAGGAGAAAAAGGCUGCGGAAAAGAAGGAGUCGGAGAAGGCGAAGGCUGCCAUCGUCCAGGUCGACGACCUCCUCACUUUCCGUCAGUUCUCGAAGAGGGCUGCGGACGACGUAAUCGACGACUCUGAGGACGUGAACCGCGCGACUGGCGCAGGCGAGGUUACGGAAGACUUUAUUUCGAACCUUAGCAGGAUCUCGCAGCUUACCGGGUUCUCCGACCCCAUCUAUGCCGAGGCGUACGUCAAGGUCCACGGCUUUGAUAUUCUCCUCGAUGUGCUCCUCGUCAACCAGACAGCGGAUACCCUCCAGAACCUUUGCCUAGACUUCGCGACCCUGGGUGACCUCAAGCUAGUCGAGCGGCCUUCUAUAUACACCAUCGCGCCCCACAGCUUCCAGAGCAUCAAGGCGACGAUCAAGGUUUCAUCGACGGAGACCGGCGUCAUCUUCGGUAGCAUUCUCUGGGAGGGACCUGGCAUGGCAGAGCAAUGCGUCAUCUUGAACGACAUUCACAUUGACAUCAUGGACUAUAUCAAGCCGGCGUAUUGCACGGAGCAGCAGUUCCGGAGCAUGUGGACGGAGUUUGAGUGGGAGAACCGGGUCAACGUCACCACGACUAUCUCGGACCCGAGAGAGUACCUCGAACAUGUCAUGAAGGCGACGAACAUGUCAUGCCUUACUCCAGAAGGCGCUCUCUCCGGCGACUGCGACUUCUUAUCGGCGAAUAUGUACGCAAGAAGCUUGUUCGGCGAGGAUGCGUUGGCGAACCUCAGUGUCGAGCGGACGGAGGCAGGAACGAUCACCGGGCAUGUACGGAUACGUAGCAAAACUCAGGGCAUUGCGCUGUCCUUGGGUGACAGGAUCACCAUGGCGCAAAAGGAUAACAAGCCACCCGUAUAGACUUUGUGUUGUAUUGAGCGCUAAGAUAUAUAUAUCAGGACUUUUUCCUCCGGC